AUGACGCAUAUUUUACAAAUAUUUGUUGUCAUAAUAACACUUAGGCUCGGUCUAGUGUUCGGUGAUCAGAGUCACUAUUCUAUCAUUGCCCCCGGCACACUUAAAUCAAAUCGUAAAUAUAGUGUUGUUGUAACGCUACACAAUGCCACCGAACCGGCUACAAUACGUUGUGGUAUUAUUGGACCAUCAUACAAUCAAACUGAAAAUAUUGUUCUACAACCAUUCGAAUCGCAACAAAUCGAUUUUAUGCCAACAAAACUGAAACGAGGUACCCACAUGUUUUACGCCGAAGGUUUGAAUGGGUUGUCAUUUAAAAAUGAAACUUUGUUGUAUGUGGAGGAGAAUGCCGGUCCAAAAAUAUACAUACAAACUGAUAAAGCUAUCUAUAAGCCAUUAGAUUUGGCGCAAUUUCGUGUUGUUAUCCUUGAUGAACAUACAAGACCGUUGAACGUCACUGAACCGAUUCGUGUGGAGAUAAUGAGUAUAACACUUUAUAUUCAAAUUACCGAAAAACACAGCGGACGUUCAGAAUCAACAUUUAGCUUUGUCAAUGUCCAACAACAAGAAUAUAAUGUAAUUGUAGAAUCAUCAGAUAUUGAUUUUAAAGAUGGUAAACCAUAUCGUCUGAAAGUUAAAGUGCAACAAUGGAAUGGUACUGCUGUUAGAGAUCCCAGUGAACCGGUCUAUAUGAUACAUGGUGAGCGGACCUACCAGUCACAGUUGAAUGAUGAUGGUGUAGCGGUAUUUGAUUUUGAACAUAAUUCCGAGGAGAAACAUAUAUUCAAAUAUCGAGAUUCUUUAGCAAUGUUACCGAAUAUCUACAAUGCUGAUGAUGCUGUGGAUAAUAAUAAUAAGGAGGAUUUUUGUAAAUUGCUUUACUUAGUGGCAGAACUAAACAACGAAGAUUGGCAAAAUUGGCAGAAAAUGAUGAGUCCGCUGCUAAUGCCCUACGGUUAUAAGAAGGUUCUAAAGGAAAAAAAGAAAAGUUACCCCAAUAAAAUUACAGUAAGUGAAUCGCAUGCUGAAGUCGACUUGCAAAGUUUACUAGACCACACGGCCUCGCGCAUAUUAGAUCUCCAAAGCGACGUGCUGAAAGAUAUUCCCAGUGAAUCUGUAAACAAACAUGUUUUGAUAGAAAUGAUGCCUGCAGCCUAUUUGUAUGUUCAUUAUAUUCACGAAGGAAAUUAUCGAUAUGAGGAAAUGUUUUUGAAAUUCCCAAAUGAAUUUGAAAAUAAGGUUGAAAUUUCAGCGCCACAUGAAGUCCGACCUGGACAAAAUGUCACCAUUAACAUAAAGGCUCAACCGAAUUCAUAUGUAUGUCUAUUAGCUGUGGAUUUGGGUGUCUAUAAUUUAAAUAGAGAAUAUGAUCUGGAUAGAACACAAAUACUAAACGAAUUACGAGAUGAUUUGACAUAUAGUCCGUUAAAGUCCAAAUUUUAUCCUGGUAUAAUUUCGGGGCUUUUGACAUUUACUAAUGCCCAUUAUCCAUAUACUGAGGUUACAGACCGUUACAUUCCAACUUCAUGGGGCAGUGGAGAAGGAAGUUUACGUAGAAAAUUUCCCGAGACAUGGAUAUUUCAAAAUCUUGAAAUAACAAAGGAAUUGACCGCGCUGACAUUGGAAAUUCCCGAUACAAUAACCACCUGGCGUAUAACCGCAUUUAGCAUUCACAAUAAAUCGGGUUUCGGUAUUGUCGAUGAUGCCACAAAUAUUGUGACCAUUAAACCAUUCUUUGUAGACAUUAACCUUCCCUAUGCCGUUAAGAGAGGUGAAAUGAUUACCCUACCCAUAACAGUGUUCAAUUAUCACAACAAAAGUUUAAGUGCCGAAGUUCAAAUGAACAAUGAAGAGGAAGCUUUUCGUUUUAAGGCUGGCGACAGGAAAAAACAAAUCGAACAUGUGAAACUCCCAGCAAAUGGCAUUGACAGCGUUGCAUUUACAAUAACACCUCAAGUGGUGGGAGAUAUAAAAUUGAAUAUACGUGCCACAACAUCCGAAGACCUCUCAGAUGCUGUUCUCCACUACCUGAAAGUUGAACCUGAAGGUACUGAAAAUAGUGAUAACCAAGUUAUGGUACUUCGAAUAUCAGCAGCGGAAAAUGAAUUAUUCUCAAAUUUAAGUCUCAAUGUGCCACCGAAUAUUGUAGCAGAUUCUGAGUAUAUUACCCUCUCAAUGGGUGGUGAUGCUCUCGCCGCCACAAUGGAAAAUCUUAAUGGCUUGGUAAUGAAACCAACCGGCUGUGGAGAACAAAAUAUGGUUAAUUUUGCACCAAAUAUUUUGGUACUGCAAUACCUCAAGGCCAUUGGUAAAGUUGGUCAAGAGAAAAAUCUAAUUAAACAGGCUAAAUCAUUUGUGGAAAUCGGCUAUCAACAGGAAUUGUCAUUUCGUCACGCAUCCGGGGGUUAUAGCGUCUUCGGCGAACGUCGUGAUAAGGAUGCAGCCAGUACAUGGUUAACAGCCUAUGUUAUACGUUUCUUUCUUAAAGCCGCCAAAUUUGUUUCAAUUGAGGAGAAAAUUAUCACCAGCGGUUUGGAUUAUUUAGCCAGCAAUCAGAAAGCGGAUGGAGAUUUUGCUUACACGGGAUAUCUAUUCUAUCCGGCACAACAAAAUCGUUUUGGUUUCACGGCAUUUGUUCUGAUGACUUUCAUGGAGAACAAGAAAUAUACCAAAAACUAUACAGCCACCAUUGAUAAGGGCCUUCAGUUUUUGAGUAAGAAUUUGGAAAGGGAUCAUGAUGUCUAUGCCUUGUCAAUUAUCGCUGCGGCAUUUGGAAUGGCUAAACAUGUAGAUUCCACAAAAGUUCGUGAUAAACUAUUAGCAAAGGUCAAUGAUAAGGAUAAACAACGUUGGUGGUCGGCUAAUGAUAAAAUGGUGAAAAGGAUGUUGAAAUUACUGCAUACGCCCUCCUGGCUCUUUUGGACAUUUCUCCGCGUGAAGAUCAUUCUGCAAUUUUUCAAUGGCUAA